UUUUAUAUACUGUAUAUAAUACUUCGUAUCUUUUUUAUACGUAGAGAGAGAGAGGUCAGGAAGACUCUCUAAGACCGAAAAUACGCCUGCCUUCUGUUGUCUCUGCUCAUUCAAACCCUAAAAUAAUCGAUCUUAUACAGUUGUAUCUCUGUAUACAAACUCUUUAAAGCCGUUUCAACAUCGAACCUGAAUCUACCCAUUUGUGUUGUCUUCGUUUUCCCGAGAAAGUUACUUGCCUCUCAUUUUCCUGCUAAAAUCAACCUGUUUCUCUUUCUGUUAGUGUCUGAUCAUAUUUUCUUUCAACGAAUCUAAAAUUUCUAUGAGAGUUCUUUAUUUUCAGUUGAAUCUGCCUACCAUUCUUCGAUUCUCCCCAUAAACACACAAUUUACUCAAUUUCCUGGAGAAAACACUCCGUGUGCCUCAAUCAGAUCCAACUCAAAUCCCCCAAUUGUCAUUCAGUCUUUGUUUUCGCUGGCUCUGAUAGUUGGAAAUGGUUGGAGGUGGAAACAGAAAGGACGAAUCGUUGGUGAUAACUAGUACUAACGUGUUUGCAGCCCUUGGAACUUUGAAGAAGAAGAAGAAGUCUGACAAGGAGCAAGGAUCGUCGAAGGGCAAAGGCUCUUCAAAGAAGAAGCAAGAGGAGGAGCCCAAGCAGGUUUACUGGGCUCCCGCACCGCUUACGGUGAAAUCCUGGGCUGAUGUUGACGAUGAGGAUGAGGAUGAUUACUAUGCCACCGUGGCUCCGCCUGAAUCCGUUUGGGGUGGUACCUCUGAUCAGCUACAGGAGGUGAAAGAGGGCUCGACUCCAGUAGAGGAAAGUGAAAGUGAAGUAGAAGGUCUUGAUGAAGUUGAUGAUGAUAACGAGGAAGAACAUGACCAGGAACCUGAGAUAGUGGUAGAAAAAGAACCAGUUUUCAAGAAGCCUGUUGAAGCUCCUUUGGCACCUAAAGAUCCAGAAAGGCAGCUUUCAAAGAAAGAAUUGAAGAAAAAGGAGCUUGCAGAAUUGGAUGCUGUUCUCGCUGAACUGGGAUAUGCCAAAUCGGAAUCCAGUGGACAAGAUGAAUCCCAUGGUGUUGAACAAGAUAAGAAGGAUCAGAAUCUUAGCGGAGAGUUAGAGAAGAAGGAAAAUGCCCCUGGAGAGGGCAAAAGUGCAAAAAAGAAGAAAAAGAAGGAUAAAUCUUCUAAGGAGGCUAAAGAGCAGCCACAGGACCAGCUUGAUGGCACAGAUGCUGGAAAUGGGACAGAGGAAAGUGCUGUGGCUGAGAAGCCAGAAGAUACCUCUGCUGUUGACAUGAAAGGGCGGAUUAAAAAAGUGGCUUCUAUGAAGAAGAAAAAGUCGAGUAAAGAAAUGGAUGCUGCCGCAAGAGCUGCUGCUAGCGAGGCUUCUGCAAGGAGUGCAAAACUCGCUGCAGCAAAGAAAAAAGAGAAGAACCACUACAACCAGCAGCCUGUGCGGUAAGGUCAGUUCUCCGUUGGAUGUGAGCAGUAACCUUGUUCAUUUGUUAAAUGCAAAAAUAAACAUCUUAAUCUGGUUUCAAAAGUGACUUUCCUUCUAGUUUUACUUAAGAAAUAUGUGGGUCGGCUGAUCUCUUCAAUGUUUUUCCCCAUCUGCCCCAGCCAGACAGUUUUGCUUCAGUUGGAGUCUAUCAUGGAUGUUGUCUAUAUAUAGAUAUAUCUUAUUGCCUCA